AUGUAUCGUAUUAAAACAGUCUCUGCUCUGUUUCACCAUCUUUUCCUGCAGCUCCAGAGUCUGAGUCAUAAUGUGAUCUUCACACUGGACUCCCUGUUGAAAGGCGACCUGAAAGGCGUGAAGGGGGACCUGAAAAAACCCUUUGACAAGGCGUGGAAGGACUACGAAACCAAGUUUACAAAGAUCGAGAAGGAAAAACGUGAGCAUGCCAAGCAGCACGGAAUGAUUCGAACAGAGAUCACUGGUGCUGAGAUCGCUGAGGAGAUGGAGAAAGAACGGAGGCUUUUUCAACUACAGAUGUGUGAGUACCUAAUCAAAGUGAAUGAAAUAAAGACAAAAAAAGGGGUUGACCUCCUUCAGAACUUGAUCAAGUAUUACCAUGCACAGUGCAACUUUUUUCAAGAUGGCUUGAAGACGGCAGAUAAGCUAAAGCAGUACAUCGAGAAAUUAGCAGCUGAUCUUUACAAUAUAAAACAAACACAAGAUGAAGAGAAAAAGCAUCUCACUGCAUUAAGGGAUAUCAUUAAAUCCUAUCUACAGCUGGACCAAAAGGAGUCUAGAAGAGACUCUCAGAGUAAACAGGGUGGCUACAGUAUGCACCAGCUGCAGGGAAACAAAGAGUUUGGCAGUGAGAAGAAAGGCUAUCUGUUGAAGAAAAGUGAUGGUUGUCAUUAUAAAUUUAAAAUCACACGGUCUGGGAUGCUACAGCAGGAAUAUGAAGUAGUCAAGCAUUUUUCCUGUUGUCACAUUUCGUUUCAGUCAAACAGGCAGCCUGUCAAACUCAACCUGCUCACAUGUCAGGUCAAGCCCAGCACUGAGGACAGGAAGUGCUUCGAUCUCAUUUCCCAUAACCGUACAUAUCAUUUCCAGGCUGAAGAUGAGCAGGAAUUUAUAAUAUGGAUCUCAGUGUUAACUAACAGUAAGGAGGAGGCGCUUAACAUGGCCUUUAGAGGAGAGCAGGGUGGAGGAGAUGAUGGGCUGGAAGAUCUCACUAAAGCCAUAAUAGACGAUGUGCUGCGCAUGCCCGGAAAUGAAGUGUGCUGUGAUUGUGGGGCUCCAGAUCCCAAAUGGUUGUCAACUAACCUCGGAAUCCUGACGUGCAUCGAAUGUUCAGGCAUUCACCGGGAGAUGGGUGUCCACAUCUCACGCAUUCAGUCUAUGGAGCUAGACAAACUGGGAACCUCUGAACUCUUGCUGGCCAAGAAUGUGGGAAAUAAUAGUUUUAAUGAAAUAAUGGAGGGAAAUCUUCCUUGGCCGUCUCCCAGGCCCACUCCUGCUAGUGACAUGACUGUUCGUAAGGAGUUUAUCAAUGCUAAGUAUGUAGAUCAUAAGUUCGCAAGAAAAACCUGCAGCUCAGCAGCAGCCAAGAUGAGUGAGCUGUUUGAAGCCAUCAGGUCACAUGACCUGCUAGCUCUCAUCCAGGUGUAUGCUGAGGGGGUAGAGCUUAUGGAACCAAUACCUGAGGGAGGACAGGAAGGAGGAGAGACUGCAUUGCACUACGCUGUGAGGACAGGUGACCACACCUCACUGCACCUGGUUGACUUCCUUGUCCAGAACAGUGGGAAUCUGGAUAAACAGACGGAGAGGGGAAACACGGCCCUGCACUACUGUUGCCUGUAUGAGAAACAUGAAUGCCUCAAACUACUGCUGAGAGGCAAACCAGCUACUGAUAUCACCAAUCAGAAUGGAGAAACAGCUCUGGAUGUGGCCAAGCGGUUGAAGAUCAUUCCGUGUGAGGAAGCGCUGGCACAAGCCACUGCAGGAAAAUUUAACCUUAAAGUCCAUGUGGAAUAUGAAUGGAAUCUCAGACUGGAGGAGCUUGACGAGAGUGACGAUGAUCUGGAUGACAAACCCAGUCCCAUUAAGAAGGAUCGUUCUCCCCGGCCCCAGAGUUUCUGUCACUCGUACAGUCUGUCUCCUCAUGACAAGCUCUCUCUGCCUGGUUUCACUGGUCAGCGUGAUAAGCAGCGCCUUUCAUACACUUCACUCUCCAAUCAGAUGUACAGCGUUUCGACUGACUGCCCGUCCUCUCCAGUCUCAGAUGCUCCACCUCUGCCUCCUAGGAAUGCAGGCAAAGCCCCUCCAUUAUCAAACCUGCCCCCCUCCAACCCUGCCGCACAGACCCCCGCUAGUGGCAGCUCCACCCUGUCAAAGAAGAGGCCACCUCCCCCUCCCCCUGGACACAAACGCACUCUAUCCGACCCCCCCACCUCUCUCUCACACACCCCGUUCAGUAAAGGAAGUGAUUCAACGCCGCCUCCUGUCAACAAAAUGUACCCUCAAAACAGAUUUGAGGGUAUCCCACAUCAGCAAAGUCUCAACACCACAAAGCCCACACUUGGUCCACGGGUCCUUCCCAAACUACCUCAGAAGGGUUGUUCCUUUGUAAUCCCAUAA